AUGGCUCAAUCAAGGAGUGCUUCAUCUCUUUCCAUUCUGUUCCUUCUGCUCUUGUUCAUCCACUUUCCUGGAGGGCCUAUAAAGGUUGUUAGUGAGGAUGAGAAUAAGACCUGGUGUGUUGCUAAGCCUUCAGCAACUGAUUCAGAGCUCUCUGCUAACAUUCAGUUUGCCUGCAACCAAUUGAAGGAUUGCAAGGUGAUACAAGAAGGAGGCUCAUGCUAUAACCCCAACUCACUCAUUAACCAUGCCUCAGUGGUGAUGAAUCUUUACUAUAAAGCGGUAGGCCAAAACAGCUGGAAUUGUGACUUCAGAGGAUCUGCUCUCAUCACUCAGACUGAUCCAAGUUAUGGUAAGUGCGAGUAUGCAUAG